UGCGGUGGGGUGGGGUGCCCAAGCCCCUUGCCCUGCCCCCGCCCCGGGGGCGGGGCCCUUAUCAAAUGAAGACAUAUCAAAUACCAAAGUCUAAGCCGAGACCAUCUGCAAUGCCCCUGAUGACACCUGAUGGAAGAGGUCCCCGGCUCCCAGCUCCCAGCCACUGCGAGCCUGCGCCUCAGCACCCGUGCCCUGGGCCACCUGCCAGGCCUUCCAGCCAGGACCGGCCAGGGAGCCGGGCAGCCGGGCCCUCUCCACUCUGUCCCCCGAAACUGCACUGGGCUUGCCUGACAGCUAUCUGAGGUCACUGCGGCCAUCCGCCUGUGGAUGGAGGAUGGGGUGGUCCCUAAGGCCAGCGGGGGCAGGGGAACAGCGUCCACAGUCUCAGGUGAGGGGGCCCGGGGCCAGGCAGGGUGGGGGCGGAGUGGUGUCUGACCCGCCCUUUCCCCCAGCAGAGCCAGGCCUGGGCCCGGGUCUGCGUGUGCAUGAAGGCCAUGCCCACAUCUCUCACUGGUGGCCAGGCGCCCACCUCCACUAUGGACACGGUCGGCCUGGUAGACCGGAGCCGAGGAAAUGCAGGGGCCUCCGGUGCUGCCCCCAUCUUCGAAGAGGGGGACACGGACCCCUGGGCCCUCCCUCAGCUGAAAGACACUGGCCAGCCCUGGAAAGAGCUCAGCACGGCCGGCAGGGCGCUCUGGGUGGCUGUCGGCUUCCUCAAGGUCUGCGGGCUCCUGGGCUGCCUCUACCUCUUCGUCUGCUCCUUGGACAUCCUUGGCUCUGCCUUCCAGCUGCUGGGCAGCAAAGUGGCCGGGGACAUCUUCAAGGACAACGUGGUGCUGUCCAACCCUGUGGCUGGACUGGUCAUCGGGGUGCUGGUCACUGUUCUCGUGCAGAGCUCCAGCACGUCGUCCUCCAUCGUGGUCAGCAUGGUGGCCUCGAAUCUGCUGACUGUCCGGACAUCUGUGCCCAUCAUCAUGGGCGUCAACGUGGGUACGUCCAUCACCAGCACCCUGGUGUCCAUGGCACAGUCGGGGGACCGGGAUGAGUUCCGGAGGGCCUUUGGGGGCUCGGCCGUGCACGGCAUCUUCAACUGGCUCUCAGUGCUAAUACUGCUGCCGCUGGAGUGUGCUGUGGCCCCGCUGGAGAAGCUCAGCGCCCUGGUCCUGAAUGCCACCAGCCUGCAGCCUGGGGGGCACGCACCUGACAUCCUCAAGGUGCUGACACAGCCGCUCACACACUUCAUUGUGCAGCUCGACACCAAUGUGAUUGUGGAGAGCGCCGCAGGCAGCACCAACAGCAGCCUUAUCAAGCGAUGGUGUGGCGCCAGCGGGGAGCAGGCCACAGGGAACAGUAGCAACUGUGGACCGGUGGCCCUCGGACCCUGCCCCGAGAGCAAUGACUCAGCCACCGUGGAGAAGCUGCCCUGCCAGCACCUGUUCGCGGGCACGGCGCUCACGGACCUGGCGGUGGGCUUCAUCCUGCUAGCUGCCUCCCUGCUGGUCCUCUGCACCUGCCUGGUCCUCAUCGUCAAGCUGCUCAACUCCAUGCUGCGAGGCCGCAUUGCCCAGGCCGUGAGGACGGUCAUCAAUGCCGACUUCCCCUUCCCGUUCGGCUGGCUCAGCGGAUACCUGGCCAUCCUGGUGGGCGCCGGCCUGACCUUCGUGCUCCAGAGCAGCAGCGUGUUCACGGCAGCCAUUGUGCCGCUCGUCGGGAUUGGGGUGAUCAGCCUGGAGCGGGCGUACCCCCUCUUAUUGGGCUCCAACGUUGGCACCACCACCACGGCCCUGCUGGCCGCCCUGGCCAGCCCCUCGAGUAUGCUGCGCUUCGCCAUCCAGGUCGCCCUCAUCCACUUCUUCUUCAACGUGACUGGCAUUGUGCUGUGGUACAUGGUGCCCGUCCUGCGGCUGCCCAUCCCGCUGGCCAAGUACUUCGGGGACCUGACCGCCCGCUACCGCUGGGUGGCCGUUGCCUACCUACUGCUCAGCUUUCUGCUGCUGCCGCUGGCUGCCUUUGGGCUAUCCUUGGCGGGGGACACGGUGCUGGCUGCAGUCGGGGGGCCCCUGGUGGCACUGGUGCUCCUCGUCGUCCUGGUCAACUUCCUGCAGCGGCGCCAGCCGGCCUGGCUGCCCCGCCCCCUGCGGUCCUGGGCCUGGCUCCCCCUCUGGCUCCGCUCUCUGGAGCCCUGGGACCGCCUAGUGAGCCGCUGCUGCCCCUGCAGGGCCUGCAGCCCCCCUCAGGCUGCUGCCAAGGAGGCCCACUGCUACGAGAACCCCGAGACCCUGGCCUCCCAGCACCUGUGAGUAGUGGGCGUUCCCCGCCCAGCACUGACACUGGCGCCCUGGGAGAUCCCAGUACUAGUGGACUUCUGAGUCGCCUGACUCGACUUCUCUAGAAAUAAAGGAGGCUGCGACCCAGAUGUGGGUGGUCUUCACUGCAAGACAGGGACCUCGGAGGGGCGCUGGGCGCCGAGCAGCGCUUUUGCUGCCCCCUGGCGGACACUAGGGGGACCGCGGCAAGCCCGCGUGGGAGCUGCCCGCCCCCGUGGGUGUGGACACACA